GAGGCGGGCGGGGGCCGCCGCCAUGGUGCCGGCGGGCCCGCCGAGCCGGCCGCCGCGGGGCGCGGGGGGCGGGCGGGGCUUGGCGGCGGUGACGGGGCGGCCGCACGGCUGCGAGCAGUGCGGCAAGGCCUUCGCGCAGGCCGCCGCCCUCGCCAAGCACCGGCGCGUGCACACGGGCGAGAAGCCGUACCGCUGCCCCGUGUGCGCCAAGGCCUUCGCCCUCUCCUCGGGGCUCGUCCUCCACAAGCGCACGCACACCGGCGAGCGCCCCCACGCCUGCCUGCUCUGCGGCAAGGCCUUCAUCUCCUCCUCGCACCUCGCCCUGCACCUCCGCUCCCACACAGGCGAGCGGAAGUACCAGUGCCCCGUGUGCGGGAAGCUCUUCCUCCAGUCCUCCCACCUGGUGCGCCACAAGGCCAUCCACACCGGCGAGCGGCCCUUCAAGUGCGAGGACUGCGGCAAGCACUUCGGGCGGGCCUCACACCUCAAGACCCACCGCCGCGUGCACACGGGUGAGAGGCCCUUCAAGUGCACACAGUGCGAGAAGGCCUUCACGCAGAAGGCUGGGCUGGUCCUCCAUGUCCGCCUGCACACCGGCGAGAGGCCCUACAAGUGCGACAAGUGCGGGAAGAACUUCCGCUCCUCCGCACACCUCGUGUCACACCAACUCCUCGAGUCUGGCGAGAGGAACUUCAAGUGCUCCACCUGUGGGAAGGCCUUCAAGCAGGCAUCCUCCCUGAAGCAGCACCUGAAGACCCAUGAGGCGCGCGAGCCCCACCGCUGCUCGGUCUGCAGCCGGGCCUUUUCCAGGUCCUCUUACCUCCAGCUGCACAUGCGGACGCACAGUGGGGAGCGGCCCUACCACUGCCUGGUUUGCAACCGAACGUACGCCAAAAUUUCCACCUUUGAGAAACACUGUAAAAAGCACCAGCAGGACGAAGAGAGGCCUGAUGCUAGGCCCAGGUCAAUGACCACCCGGGCAAAAGCACUGGCAGAAAGGAAAAGGAAGGAACAGAAACACCAGCACCGAGAGGACCUCGACAACAGCCUCGAGCAACCUCAGCAGGCUGACCCAGAGCAGGAGCAGGAGGAAAUGCAGUAGAAUUCACUAAAACAAGGACUGUUCAUUGUCCUCCUCACCAUGGCCCGCAGGAGGAAGAGCAGCGGGCUUAAUUUUCAUGAAAGGGGAGGACGUAUCGCAGCAGUGUUAUUCCAGAGAGCGUUUCCAAAUGGAAUUACUUCCCUGACGAGCGGCGCAAUGCAAACGCUUCUCUGGCAUAGCAGAUAACUACAAAUCUACCGAUGCUCCCGGCCGUCAGCAUCGCAUGCCGAUGUUCUGCGGCUGCGGAGGGAUUUCAUGCGGUUCGCAAGCUCUGGUGGUUUUGUUUCAUGUGGGCAGCGUUUUCUAAGGUAGACUUCCAAAGGUUCCUGAUGAGCCAAAGCACCUGCUUUUACCGAGGUUGAAAACGAGGUGUUUCUUUAUACGCGAGGAGCAAAUUAAGUUGUAGUCUUUUAAAUGAAGGUGAAGAUUUUAUGGAAGAUUGGGGGGGGGGUAGUGCACCUACUGAAAAUGGGUUUGUACUUCUUUUUUUGCCCUGGUGCCAACAGUAGGUUUAAGAAACGAGCACGAAUUUAUCCUGUAAAGUGCGGUUUGUUUUUAAAAGCACUGUAAAUAGCCUGAGGAUAGCAUCUUUGAGCCUUUUCCAUUUUUCUCACUGUUUAUUGCAACAAGGCAUUGUACUUAGCAUCCAGAUAAUGCUGUGUACGAAAUAGUUUAAAGCGCAGCACGUUUUAUUGUGAUGUUGCCAAAGAGCAACUUUAUUCACCUUACCCAAAACUAUUGAGGGCAAGUGUCAAAAAUCUGUAAUUCAUCUUAAUUUGAAUGAGUUCAGCAUUCAAAAUGCCAGCUCGUCGUAGAGCUACAAGAAUGAUUUGGGUUUUUUUUAACUAAUAUUUUUGGAAUGCAAAAUGUGGUAAUAAAGGAAUUUUAUCCUUGUCUUCUUCCGAAUUAACAAAUUGCUGUAAUUGGUUGGCCAGCCAGUUGUCAUAUUGAGGGAAUGAUAUUGGGAUGCCAUGAAACGAUAGCUGUCGGAUCAGAAUAUUUUGAGUUUAUUCGGAUGUGUUAGGUCAGACUUCAGUGAGUAGUAAUAUCUUUCCAAAGUAGACGAAAACAUUAAGAGAACUGCCUUUAUCGCAGCAAUGAUCUUUGUGAGCCAGCACUUUGCACCGAAUUUUAUAAGCUUUAUGUUAUUGUAGCAACAGUACUAUGAAGCUGCUUUAAGCCUUUAUCACUUAUUGUUACCCAGGAAUUCAUUAAAGCAGAAAAAAAGGAAUCGGUGAGUUCAUUUUAAGUACACGUUCCCAAUUUUCUGUACAGAGUUCUUGAUUUUUUUAAACUAACUAUAUUUUCCUGCCAUUGUGUGAAAACACAUGUUUUGCACUUUAAGGAUCUUUUUUGAAAAGGCGCCUGGUUUUGAUUUCUGUAGCGUAUUCACAACUAUAUGUUUUAAGGCAGAAAAGGAAUUUUCUGAAAGCUUGCACAUUUAAAAUACUGUAGCGUAUCAGGUCAGAAAUCAUCUUAGUGGCUAAUAGAGCUGAGUUCUAUCUAAUAACUAACUUACAGUUAACAAAACUACAAUGAAUAAUUUUCUGACUUUUUGCACUUCAGAAUUUACUGGAUGCUGCGUAUGCUAAGAUAUAACUCUUUAAGUUAUAUUAAACUGGUAUUUAUAUUCAGCUGGUUAAUAUACUUGUAAUAUUUACAUGGUCAGAUAUUUCUAAUGAGAUGUUUCUAAGCCAGUUUCUUGUCAUGACAAAUUCUAAUGUAAAUUUUUGCUACAGUCUUUAGAUUUUGUUCUGUGACCAAUUGUGUGAUUUAGGAGGAGGUGGGCAUACUGGGUUUUAUUUCCAGUUCUGUUAUGCCAGUGCUAUAUGAGGAGAAUUCUAUCUUUUUUGUAUUUCGAUACAUGUUAUUAAAAUAAUAUACACUGCUA